AUGUGGCUGGUUUCUCUACUGACGCUGCUGCUCGUGUUGUGCAUGCUGAGCGCUGAUCGCGUCACAGCUGCACCCAUCCCGCGUCCCGGGUUCGAAUCGCUCACCGCGCUCUCGGACGAAGUGACACAUGUUUCGUCCUCGCGUGCGCCCAGCUUGCACCAAGAACUCGAUCUGAUCAAUGACUUUGGCUCUCGAGCCACCAGCGCUGCUCACACGUUGGCCACACCGCCUACCACGCCGACCCACAAUUCUGGUCCGGUCAGAGCGCCUCUGGGCGUCGUACGCAGCCACUCGGACCCGUCGCUCUCGCGGUCUGGCUUUACCGUCGACUUUGGCACCACAAGACGCCGGCUCGAUCUCAACCAAGACCACAUUGAUCAGCACGACGAGAACAUGCGCAUCUUGAAGGCAGAGCUCCGACAACGCAUAAGCUUGAGCUCGAAUCGCGCCACUCGUCGACUUGGCACAGAAGCUCCACCGAACACACCCGAAAGCGUUCACGAGAAACGCAGAAGCAGUUCAUCGUAG